GUGAGUUUAAUUGUACAGCACAAACAUCAACAACAACGCUUGUAGAUGGGUAAAAUUGAAACUUGAUUCCUACCCUCAACAGUGGAACAUCGUUUGGGGCAUUGCGAUGGGUUUGCCAAGGUUUGGGCGUCCCAAGAAUGAUGGUGAAUCCAGUUCGAACCUUUUCGUGGCCAAUUGUGGGCCCGCAGUGGGGCUUUCUGAUGAUGACAUUGCAUCUGUGUUCUGCAAAUUCGGAGAGUUGAAGGGAGUUUAUGCAGCAGAUGAGAGUGGGACACGUGUCAUUGUGGCUUACGUUGAAGAGAGUUCUGCACAAGCUGCUUUAAAGGCUUUACAUGGACGCCCGUGUCCUCAACUUGGAGGUCGAUCCUUGCAUAUCCGUUAUUCUGUGCUUCAGCCAACUCCACAGGAUCAAGCUAGUGACUUUGUUCCUGUAUCUAUCACAGCAUCAGAUGUGAGCAUUCCAGGCCUUUAUCUAGUGCAUGACUUCAUUAGUGCAAAAGAAGAAGAGGAGUUGCUUCAAGCUGUAGACUGUCGGCCUUGGAACAGUCUUUCAAAAAGAAGGGUUCAACACUAUGGUUAUGAAUUUCGUUAUGAUAUUAGAAACGUUAAUACAAGACAUUGCUUAGGUGAACUUCCUCCAUUUGUUUCUCCAAUACUUGAAAGAAUCUCUUCAUGUCCAACUUUUGGGAAUGUUCAAAAUAUAGUUUUGGACCAACUUACGGUAAAUGAGUACCCACCUGGCGUGGGCCUGUCCCCCCAUAUAGACACUCACUCUGCAUUUGAAGAUUUAAUUUUCAGCCUUUCAUUAUCAGGGCCUUGUAUUAUGGAGUUCAGACAAUAUGAAAAUGGUGACUGGCUUCCCAGAGUUGCCUCAAGUGCUGAUGCAAAAAUAGAAAAUCCAGAAGAUCAUUCAAAUUUUAUAAGGAGGGCUAUCUAUCUUCCCCCUCGAUCUUUGCUACUCUUGUCUGGAGAAGCACGUUAUGCAUGGCAUCAUUACAUUCCACACCACAAGAUAGACAAAGUGAAUGGCAGAGUCAUCAGAAGGGCUUCAAGAAGGGUAUCUUUUACAUUACGUAAGGCUAGAGCAGGUUUGUGCAAAUGUGAAUUUCCUCAGUAUUGUGAUUCUCAAAGAUAAGGAGAAGGUUUAUAUUGUAAUGCAUCAAAUAUCUUUCAUUGAGAAUUGCACCGAGUAAAACUUGAGUCAUUAUGCAGGUGAACAUGCAAGAUGACAAUGAAGGUGAUAAAUAACGAGACGGGCAGUUAUAGUGGGAAGACAGAUACUUAAGCUAACUGCCGUUUCUUAUUUCGUUAUUUUUUUGGUUGAAGGUGUCGCAUCCUAGUGGUCCUAUCUUUUUUCAGUUGUAGCCCAGGUGGCUUCAAAGGAUCAAAUUUAUAGCUUAUUUGCUAAGAUUUCAUAUUCUAUUUUAGAUCAAUUUUGUGAAUUUGCUUGCAAUAUUUAACUUUCAGAUAAUUGAAAGCAUCUUAUCGUUGCCUUUCC